AUGGAAAAAAGUCCAGAUAUCAUGAGAGAAUAUACGAAACGCAAUAAACCGACAAUAGAUUCGUUAUGGCAGGAAUUAACUGAAUCCCUUAAUGCUGCAGGUCCUCCACACAAAGUUGUAAACGGGUGGAAAAAGGUUAUAACUGAGUGCAAGAGCGAAAUCAAAAGAAAAUUAGCUCCGAACAAAAUUGAGAGUCGAGCAACAGGAGGUGGCCCAUUUUCUAAAUAUCAGUUCACUCCAAACGAAGAAACUAUUGUGCGUCUUUGUGGCAUUUCACAAACUAGAGAAGGCAUACCAGGCGUUUCUCUUGGCGCCCAACCCGUCAAUGAGAAUAUAAAUAUAACAAUUGCAGGGGUGAAUGUAGAUUUGUCUACCUCAUCACCAGAGCAACAAAAUAUAAAUUUAAGUUAUAAUGUAUCCAAUAUACAAAAAGAUGCCGACGAUAUACCCUCCACGUCACAAGGGCAACCCGAAAUAAAUGUUAGUGUACCUAGAAGGCAAAAAUUAGAGAGUACGGCAGAUCGCUUAAAAAGAUUUUUAGAUGAGGAAGAUAAAAAAAAUUGA